AUGGCCAGCCAUAUUAUCGGUAACCGCAAUAGCACGCCGGAAGCUUCGAAGUCUACCCUUCGCCCUCCUUCGUCUUCUCGGAAUUUAGGAUCGCAUCAGCUUCGAGCAUCAGCCGAUAUGUCCGGAUUCCCGUCCCCUCUUUCUUCCCGGAGCAUUCGUCCAUCGUCGGAGGUGUACUAUAAUCAGCAGGCCCAGACGCCAAACAACACGGACGACCCCUUAGACCGUGCGGCGCAGCAGUGGCUCGCUGAUAUUGAUCAGUACGAAACUACACUUGAAGAGAUGGCCGCGGCUACUUUGGAUCAGGAUUUCAAAGACGAACUCAGUGCCAUUGAACAAUGGUUCCGAGUUCUCAGUGAGGCGGAGAGGACAGCGGCGCUGUACGCUCUGCUCCAACAGACUACGCAGGUACAAAUCCGUUUCUUCAUCCAGGUUCUCCAGCAGAUGUCCAAGAGUCAUCCCAUGUCGGGGUUAUUGUCACCUGCAAACUUUGGAGAAAAGGAUGCCAUGUCCAAUCGUCUGAAUGAUGCCAUGUCCAAGUUGAAUGUCGACAGCUCUCGGAAUUCUUUGGGUCGCCCUCCUCCAUCCCCAGGUGCCAAGCGCAACUCGGGACUCGACUCUUCCACGAUCAAUGCAAUGUUUCCCGACGCAGCCGCAGCUAUCGCCAAGAAGAAAGCCGAAUUCACCCAGCAGACCGGUAACGCCCCUCCCUCCAACCGGAACAGUGCGGUAUUCGGAGAUCGGACGUCCUUCGUUGCACCCACAAUCUCUGCUCCAGACAGCAACACAGACAAUCUAGGUCAAGCCCCCGUGUCUCCAUGGGCUCAGCGGGGCACCGAGCCACAACCACCAAUCGCUCGGCCCAAGUCCUCUUCCGGUCAGCAGCCUAUGGGACAGUUCAGUCAGUCGGGCCUUCGCUCUCCUCUGCCAACUCAGACCGCCACAAUCCCGGCCCCCGACAUCGAAGCGCCCUUGUUGUCUCCAUACAAUGUAGGAAACGCUAGUUGGGCCUCUAUGACGAAUACUCCAAUGACAGCUACUUUCGGUCAGCAAGUGCAGCAGCCAGGGCAACAGAAUUCUCAAGCGGACAUGGUAGCUAACGCCACGGCGAUGAAACUGGCUGCCUUGUCUACUGUGAAUAAUCGCAUUGCACUCGAUGAUGCCCGAAAGUAUCGUCGAGCUCGAUCGAAUGAUGGGCAGGGCAAGAAUUCGAACGUCAAUACCAACCCGCCAAUGUCUCAGGGUGGCCUCACAAACCAAGUCCUCCCAGGUGCGAGUCAACUUGUUGCGGGUCAGCUUUUGAACGCCCAGCAAAUAGCUGCCUUGCAGGCGCAGCAACAGGCCGCCAUGGCAGGCCGGCGUUCGCGCCCGACUUCACCUGGAAUUGCCAUGCAAGGUGGCGCACUAGGCCCAAUGGGGUUCACAUCGCCGCAGAAUAACGGAUUCCUGGCGGCGUAUGACCCCAACAACCCACUGAUGGGGAAUGGAUUGAAUGCCCUCACGAUUGGGCAAUUUGGACUCAGUGGCCACGAAGGCUAUCUCUCGGAUCAUUCGGAAGUCACUAGGGGUAGGUCUCCGCGCGGACGCCGUGGCAGCUCCAAGCCGCCGGAGGAUCCGACGGACCCGGGUCUAUUGAAGGAUAUUCCCAGCUGGCUGCGGUCUCUCCGAUUGCAUAAAUACACUGAGAACCUAAAGGAUCUCAAGUGGACAGAAUUGGUCGAGCUUAACGACAAGGCACUGGAGGAGCGCGGCGUCAACGCUCUUGGGGCCAGAAACAAGAUGCUUAAGGUCUUCGAGCAGGUCAAGGAAGCCAAGGCGGAUGGCAAGCUGGACGCCAUUGCAUAA